AUGUACGGAAUGAUACCCCCUCAACCGCCUGCACGCCUUCCCUCGGGAUUCCAAGAUCGACCGCUUGAGCCUCGCUUGUCAACAGACGAGGAUGAUCCUGCUCACGACAUGAGCUACAAGGAAGCAGAACAAGAAUGGGAAGAGAUUUUGGUUGCCAUGGAAGUAUUCUCCCAAGCGUUGGGCCGCGAUUUCCAACCUUUGCCAGCGGAUGUCGCACCUCCAAUCGCUACACCGUUCGGUCCCGCCCUCCAGUAUCGUACCCACACCAUUGCCGCGAUCUGGGCGUUUUACUAUGCCGUGCGCGUUCUGCUGAAUCGGAUUCAUCCCUCGAUGCCGCCGGCUAUCAUGAUGGCAGCUGGAGUAGCUGCUCCAACAACGGCCGGAUUUGCGCAGACUAUUGGGAAGAUCAUGGCGGGUGUCUACUAUCCGCAACGCUUUAAUCUCGAAGCAGGAAGCUUGAGUCCGAAUUUGGGUUCUGGGUUGACUGACAUGACAGUGCCGGUAUUCUUUGCAGCUGUGCAAUUUACUGAUCCCACGCAGCGAGCUUGGACGAUUUCAAAACUUCGCGACAUCUCUCGCCUGACUGGGUGGAAGAGCGCGGAUGCAAUUGCCGGGGGCUGUGAGAGAGCAUGGAUAGUCGCUGCAAAGCAAGGUCGUGGACCACCCUAUCAACGGUCAUUUGAGACUGACCGAUCACGAGAAAAGGCAAAAGAGCGUGAGACUGAGGCUGUGCCGAAGGAGGUUGAAGAUCGUCGAUUUGUGACAGUCAGGUUGGAUCGAUCGCAUUGGGCUAUGGGAAUCUUGGAAGAGGACAUUGCGAAUUUAGAGGUUUAG